AUGUUACGUUUAGUGUGUCGUGAAUUUUUGUAUAGCGAUAAGUUAUUGGUUUCUAAAACCUGUCGAGUCAGUGGUAAGAAUAUUCAAAAUUCAGGAUAUUCUUUAGGCAGAAGUUUUAAUACAGCUUCGAACCCUAGUCCUCCUAAACUUCCUAAGGAGGAUCAAGAAGAGUUUGAGAGGUUACAAAAGAUAGCUUUGUCUCAGGCAGCUAUUGAUGCCUAUAAUGAAAAGAUUACGAAGGAUCCCACUAAAGAAAGUCUAAAUUCUGAAAUUCUGACGAAGAAUGAUAUUGGUUCAUUCCAUCCAGACUUUAUAAAAACUAUUCCUGAAUUUGAAGGUGACGUUAAUCCAAAGACUGGUGAAAUAGGUGGUCCUAAGCAGGAUCCUUUGAGACACGGUGAUUAUUCAUUUAACGGUAGAUGUACAGACUUUUAA